AUGUCUUUCAGACUGCAGAGCGAUCUUCUCUGUCCCAUCUGCCAUGAUGUUUUUCAGGAGCCAGUCAUCCUGGGCUGCAGCCACAGCUUCUGUCAACGCUGCCUGGAGCUUCACUGGAAACAGAGAGACGACAGACUCUGUCCGCUUUGUCAAAGAAGACACUCCAAGGACAGACUUCCUCCCAAUUUGUUGGUGAAGAUCCUGAGUGACAAGGUCCGGAGGGCCAGAGGGAAGAGUUGGGCGCCACGGACCAUCUGCAGUCUGCACUCCAAGACCUUCAAACUCUUCUGUCUGGACCAGCAGCAGCUGGCGUGUGUGGUCUGCCGGGACUCGGAGCAGCACACCCACCACAGCUUCAGACCCGUGGACGAGGCGGCGGUGGACCAGCGGGACGCCCUGCAGACCGCGCUGAAGCCCCUCAGGAGGAGGCUGGCGGAUGUCCAGCUGGCCGGGCAGAAGCUCCAGAGGACGGCAGAAGACUUGGAGGUUCAGGCCCGAAACACCGAGAGGCGGAUGAAGGAGACUUAUGAGAAGCUUCGUCGUUUUCUCGCCGAGGACGAGAAGGAAAGGAUGGCCGCGCUGAGGGAGGAGGAGGAGCAGAAGAGCAGGAUGAUGGAGGAGAUGAUGGAGACUCUGAGUAGACAAAUCCAGACUCUCUCAGACGUGAUCAGAGCCACAGAGGAGGAGCUGAGAGAUGACGAUCUCCCCUUUCUCCUCAACUCCAAGGCGGCAGUGGAAAGAGUUCAGCAAUGCUCCAUGACGGGUGAACCACAGCUGCCUUCAGGGACGCACAUCGAUGUGACCAAACAUCUGGGAAACCUCAAGUACAACAUCUGGAACAGGAUGAAAGACCUGGUGUCCUACACUCCCCUCAUCCUGGACCCCAACACGGCGGAUCCCGACACGGUCCUGUCAGAAGAUCUGAGCAGUCUGGUCCCGGGAGACGGAAAAACCCAGGAGACCCCAGAAAAGAUCGAGUUCUCCUCCGUCCUCGCUUCUCAGGGUUUCAGCUCGGGAACUCACAGCUGGGACGUGGAGGUUGGAGACAGCCCGGAAUGGAAGCUGGGCGUGUUGGCGGAGUCCGUCCGGAACAGAACUUACCAGCUAUCCGGACUGUGGCUCAUCGACCGCCAUCACGGCGGAUACAGAGCGAUGACCCCGUCACACUCCUACACUCCUUUCUCCGUCAGGACCAAGCCUCGGAGGGUCAGGGUCACCUUGGACUGGAAGACAGACCAGCUGACCUUCUUUGAUUUGGACACUGAGACACACAUCUACACCUUCAACAACAAGUUCACAGAGAAGAUGUUCCCGUACAUCUCCACCGCCAAACAUCUCCCACUGAGAGUUUUACCGAGGGAGAUCCGAGUGAGUGUCGACCCCCACACAUCAAACGUGUCGUGAAAAAUUCUUAUAAAUACAUUUAAGACCAGAUGAGACCGCAAGACCACUGG